AUGUCAGUAGAGCAAGUAGAAGAAGAGGUCAAUACGAUAUUGGAACUCAUGGGUAGUGAUCAUGACACUGGUGAUAUGGCGGCUGACAUGUAUUCUAGUUAUGGUUCGAUACCACAGGAUAUUCCAUAUCUUCUAAAAGCCGUGGUAGUGAAGGCGUCGAAUAUAGGCAACAUUCUAGGUACACGUAAUGCCAGGCAGAGAAAACGCAAAGAGAAACAUAUACCAACAACUACCAUGAAAAGAAUAGACUUAGUUGCUACUAGUAUUCGUCGUGCUGCAUACCUUAUAGGUAGCCACGAAGUCGCCAUUCGUGAUGGAUCAACUAACUUCCCAGAGUUAGAUCUAACAGAUAGUGUUAUACAAACAAUGAGAAGCAAACAAGGCUGGGCUAGGCGACGACCACAUGGAUCACAGUACGGUACAACAUUCAUUACUAAGUAUCCAAGUGAUAUACGAACAUACUUUGAACUGGGUGAGCAGGACUCUGCCCGCAAGAUGCAGCCCGGGGCAAUGCUCGAUCAGCUACGCACAGACUACCCCGUGUGCUAUUCACUUCCGGGCGAAAACGAAACACGAGUUCUAGUAUCAACACUAAUGGCCGACAAAAAGGCCACACAAAGGACGGAAGGCUGA